AUGAAGUACACACUCCAAUCUUUGGCCCUUGCCUCGGUCGCAUCUGCCCGCGUCCUUCACACCAGACAGUCAUCAUGCUGCUUUGGCAUUAACGUCUCUGGUGAUGGUGUCCAGGGCGGUUCUCUUGGACAGAACCGCUUUGGUCCUAACCAGUCUGGUGCUACCUACUGCGUUGACGGUGGCAAGAUCACCGACAAGAAUGGCAGAGGAUGCAUCGUUACCAGCCCCGAAAUGCAGUUCCAGUGCGAUGAAGGCGCUAGCCCGACUGGAGGUUUCUCCAUUGCUUCUUCCGGUCAGAUCCAGCACGAUGGUGAUUCCACUUUCUACGCUUGCCCUGUUGACGACAACGGCAACUACAACAUCUACACCGAGCCUCUCGACAACAUGCCCAAGUGUGUCAAGGUUGGCUUGAGCAGCGCUGACGGAACCUGUGCUGCCCCUUCAUCGGCUCCUGCCUCUUCCGCUCCUGCCUCUUCCGCUCCUGCCUCUUCCGCUCCUGCCUCUUCCGCUCCUGCCCCUUCAUCGGCUCCUGCCUCUUCCGCUCCUGCCUCUUCCGCUCCUGCCUCUUCCGCUCCUGCCUCUUCGGCUCCUGCCUCUUCGGCUCCUGCCUCUUCCGCUCCUCCUGCCACUACCGCAGUCUCUGUCUCAGUCUCAGUCCCUGCUCCCUCAGUGUUAACUUCGGUCUCCACUGAGCAGUGCCAGCCUUCUACCGUUGUAAAGACAGUCACCGAGACUCAGCAGGCUCCCACUGUCUAUAAGACUCAGGAGCACACCGACUUCCAAACCGAGACUAAGCAGAUUCCCACCACUAUCUACCAGACGCAGACCCAGUACAGCACCAUCAACGAGACAAAGACUGUUCCCACAACUAUCUACCAGACCCACGAGGAGACCACCACUGUGCUCAAGACUGAAGAGCAAACUCAGACCCAGACAGCAACAGCCCCACCUGUCACCGAAGAGGUCACUCAGAAGACCACCAUCGAGCAGCCCACCACCGUUGAGCAGCCUACUACCAUCCAGCAGUCCGUCACCGAAACCAAGUCGAUUCAGCAGCCACCUGUCACUGAGACCAAGUCUGUCCAGCAGCCUCCCGUCACCCAGUCUGUCACUGAGCAGGUCACCACUUCGGUCGCCAAGCCCACUACUUCCCAGGCCCCUUCCUCUUCCGCCCAGCAGCCUUCCGCUACUCCCUCCGGCUCCGGAAAGUGCCCCCGUGAUCUUCCUGGCAUGGACUCUUACCUCAAGCCCCGCCUGAUCGUUCCCGUCAACGGCAACAGCCCCGACAAGGCCUACGGCACUCAGUACAACGCCUACGUCGGUAACGGAAACAGCACCAUCUUCAGCUUCGACAUUCCCCAGAGCUACGAGGGCAAGCAGUGUGAGGUCAUCUUCACCUUCCCCACCCAGUCUCAGCUUGAGACCUCUUUCGUCUCCGAGUCCGGCAACGGCGGUAUCGACUUCAAGCAGCUCAAGAACGCUGCUGACGAGAAGACUACUUUCAACAACCAACCUGCUGUCGGCAAGGACUUUGGUGAGAAGGGUGUCUCUACUGGCAACGCUUACUCAAUCACCACUGGCGACUGUGCUGUUGGACAAACAAUCUCUUACGAGCUUACCGCCACUGGCGACUAUCAGGCCAGCUGGUUCCAGGACUGGAACCCUUGCCCCAUCGGCCUGUGGGUCGUUGCCAACUAA